AUGCAUUCUCGCACAAGAUCCGUUGCUAUCGCAGCAGCCGCUCUCUCUUCAUUGCCAUUGUCUUCGGCGCUUCCAAGGCCACAAGCCUCUCCAGCUCAAACAGACUGCUUGUCUCCCUGUAUUGUGUCAACCUCACCUGACCACGCCGGCAUCUGCAACCCGGAUUCCGUCGCCGCUGUUCAAUCUUGCGUCGUAUCGACAUGCCCGCCCGAAUCCAUCGCGACCGCGAUCGGUAUGAUAGUGUCACACUGUGCAGAGGAGCACGGUCCUGCGCAAUAUACAACUACUACGGCGGAAGUCUGGAAUGACUGGGCAAGCACAACGUCUUCCCUUACAACCACGACUUCGCCUUCAGUUCAAUGGAGUGACUGGACAAGCACAACAUCCUCCCUUACAACCACGACUUCGCCUUCAGUUCAAUGGAGUGACUGGACAAGCACGACAUCCUCCCUUACAACCACGACUUCGCCUUCAGCUCAAUGGAGUGACUGGACAAGCACAACGUCUUCCCUUACAACCACGACUUCGCCUUCAGUUCAAUGGAGUGACUGGACAAGCACAACAUCCUCCCUUACAACCACGACUUCGCCUUCAGUUCAAUGGAGUGACUGGACAAGCACGACAUCCUCCCUUACAACCACGACUUCGCCUUCAGCUCAAUGGAGUGACUGGACAAGCACGACAUCCUCCCUUACAACCACGACUUCGCCUUCAGCUCAAUGGAGUGACUGGACAACUACUACGACAAGCACAACUACGAGCCAGACAACUGAGACAUGGUCAGAUUGGCUUAUAUCUACGUCAGUGGUUCCUGUCGCUCCUGUGGCAACAAGCUCUGCGUGGCAAGACUGGACAAGCACAAGCAUCACGACUUCCUCUAGCAGUACGACUUCGUUGCCUUCGGCAUGGGCUGAUUGGACAAGCACAAGCAUCACAACCUCUACAACCUCAUGCACUACGACUUCGACGCCUUCAUCCUGGGCAGAUUGGACAAGCACGAGCACCAUGUCUUCGGGCGAAGUCAAGACCAGAGUUACACCCUCCGCCAGCAGCACCUAUACAACGACAUGGACUUUUGGUGGCCCUUCGUCUGUUCCGGCGAGCAGCUCAAGCACCACGCCAGUCGCCCCCAUUGCAUCUACUUUUACCGGUGGCGGGAACAAACUUGCAUCAUCUGCUAGUAUGAUCCUUGCGGUCAUGAUCGUUGCCUUGCCCAUGUUCUAA